GUCAGUGGUCCCUGUCCCUGAUCACGUCAGUGCAGUGUCAACUAUCAUCCGCCAUUAAAUCUCAAGUUUUGCGUUGAUGAAUAUACAUUGCACCAUAUUACUUGAAUCUAGUCCAUUGAUCCAGACGGUAUUUGACAAACGGUGAAUUUGCAAUAAAAAUUGUUCACUGAGCAACUGUGAUGAGUUACGGUGGAGGAGCUUAUCCACAAGGACCGUAUAGUCAACAACAACCUUAUCCAGGACAACAAGGGUAUCCGGCCUACCCUCAACAAGGCUAUCCUGGGGGUUAUCCUCCUGGACCACCACCAGGUCAACCAGGUUUUAACGUUCCACCCCAGCAGCCUCCAUACGUAGCCCAAGACAUGUACGGAGGAACAGAUGCUGGUUAUAAGGAGCCAGGGAUGGCUGCUUUUGAAUUUAGUGAUAGUUCCAUUAGAAGGGGUUUUAUAAAAAAAGUAUAUUCUAUUUUGAUGUGUCAACUGGCCGUAUCUUUAGCCUUCAUUGCAUGGUUUGUAUAUGAUAAAAAGACUUCUCUUUAUGUCCAACACAAUUCUUGGCUUGUGAUACUGGCGUUUGUAACUAUAAUCAUAACUAUCAUAGCUUUGUCUUGCUGCGGCGACUUGAGAAGAAAAUCUCCACACAAUUUCAUAUUUCUUGGAUUAUUCACUCUGGCUGAAUCUUUCAUCUUAGCAGUUUGUUCUUCAAGAUAUAAGACAGAUAUUGUUUUUAUGGCAGUUGGAAUAACUGCUGCAGUAUGUCUUGGUCUAACUCUGUUUGCUUUUCAAACCAAAUGGGACUUCACAAUGAUUGGGGGAUUCCUUUUUGUUGCCCUUAUAAUAUUGAUGAUUUUUGGCUUUGUAACGAUAUUCUUCCGAGGUAAAACAAUGCAAAUGGUAUAUGCAUCAUUUGGUGCCCUUUUAUUCUCUGUUUAUCUCAUUUAUGACACCCAACUCAUGUUGGGAGGAAAACACAAAUAUUCUGUGUCUCCCGAAGAGUAUGUAUUUGCUGCGAUGAAUCUAUACUUGGAUAUUAUUAAUAUCUUCAUUUAUAUCUUAACUAUCCUUGGUAAUGCUAAAGACUAAAAUUGUUUUAUUGUAUUUCACCUUUUCCAUUUUGUAAAGUUAUGUUUAUAGAUCUAGAGAACGGUGUUUAUUUUGUAUAAUGUAGUAGUAAGUAAUUCACAGUAUUGGUUGGUUUAUGAUGUCAGGUAACUUAUUCUCCAAUCCCCAACUCUAAAAGUAAACUCAAAAUUUGCAGGAUUUUGGAUGUUUAAGUGCGAUAAAUACACUCUUGUAUAAGAGUUGAAACUGCGGGCCAGCAGUAACAAGCCUUAACAUCUAAAAUUUUUAUAUUUUUUGAUAGGUGAAAAACCAUUUUAGGGGUUAGGGAUAAGUUACUGAUCUUCAUAAACCAACCAUUUUGGGUAAUCCCAAUUGUUUCUAAGCUUAAUAUAUUCACUCAAUAACUAUGAAAUAUAAUAACUGUUACACUGUGUUUCAAUAAAGUUGUAAAUAUAUUUUCA